UUUUCAAUUUAAUUUAAUUUUUAUUUUUUUUAAAUAUUAUACAUAUAUGCGACUUUUAAUAAGCUGAAUCAUUAUUAUAAAUAAAUAGGUUUUAAAAAGUCUCAUUUUUCAUAUCGAUGCAUCGUUUGCGGUGAAGUAAAGUUUUAAAAAAACUAGUUUCGUCUGACGUAGUAUUAUCAUUAUCAUUUUAUUACUAUCGCAUUUGUUGUCGUGUAAUUUUUUGUCUGCGUUCUUAAGCGCCGUACACACACUCUCAGUCAAGUCACUAACUCUUCAUCAUGGCAACAAGCGCUCUAAUACAAUCAACCAAACUAUGUUUUUACACAUUGCAAGGAGUAAAGGCAACUGCCUCACAAUGCCGAGCAUUCACCACCAAGCUGACUGACCAACAACAAUAUAUCCAAGAUUUAUGUAGGAAUUUCAGCAAAAAUAAUCUCAAACCAAAUGCAUCAAAACUGGAUUUAGCUGGUAGAUUUCCAUUUGAUGAGAUUAAAAAAUUAACCGACUUGGGUCUUAUGGGGGCUAAUGUCGAUGAGGAAUAUGGAGGUUUGGGUCUGGACUACUUGUCGUUGGCAAUCGCAGUGGAGGAGCUCUCCCGAGGCUGCGCCAGCACUGGCAUGAUCGUAUCAAUACACAACUUUUUAUAUGCCAAUCUAGUAAAUGAGAAGGGGACACAAGAACAGAAGGAGCAGUUUUUGAGGGAUUUCACUAAAGGAUCAAUCGGUUGCUUCUCCUUAAGUGAACCCGGUGCGGGAAGUGACGUGGCCAGUAUUAAGACGAAAGCGAGAGAAGAUGGUAACUACUGGGUGCUCAGAGGGAAGAAGAGUUGGGUCAGUUCCGCCAUCGAGGGCUCUGCAACUAUUGUGUUCGCAACUUUCGAUCCCGAACUUAAACAUAAGGGGAUUGCUUGUUUCCUGGUGCCUCUAGACGCGGAAGGAGUAUUUAGAGGCAAGAAGGAACCGAUAAUCGGCGUGAGCCUUUGUCACAGGGCGGUGACGGCUUGCGACCUGACCUUGGAGGACGUGCGGAUACCAAAGUCGUAUGUGGUCGGCGAGCCGGGGGACGGGUUCAGGAUAGCCAUGGAGCAACUAGACCAGGGCCGGAUCGGGAUCGCUGCUCAUGCUGUUGGUAUUGCUCAAGCAGCUCUGGAUACAGCAAUCAACUACGCUAAAGAAAGAGUUGCUUUUGGAAAAAGUCUGACUAGAUUGCCCUCGGUUAAGGACCGUCUGACGGACAUGUCGAUACUGGUGGAGACGGCCCGGCUGCUCACGUACCGCGCGGCGACCAACGUGAGCACGAAGAACAGCGCCAUGGCCAAGUACGUGGCCGGCAGGAACGCGGCCGCCGUCGCCGACCACUGCGUCCAGAUACUGGGCGGCCGCGGGCUCUCCACCGACUAUGACGCCGAGCGACACUUCAGGGAUGCAAGAGGAACGCAGAUAUACGGCGGAGUUACAGACAUACAGAAAAGACUGAUUGGACACUUCCUGUUGAAAGAGAAUGACGCCCUCUGACGGGUGUCGCCGGUGGUCAGUAGAACUUAGAAACAGUCAGACUAGUUUUAUGUGUUUAACAAUUUCUGGCCAGAAAAAUAAAAAAAAAAACCUUGCCAUAUUGGGGAUAUUUGUGGAACUAAUUUCUUUAAAAAAAAAUUUCUUCUUUUUUUAACUUUUUCCAUUUGUCAUAAUUUCAUCUAGAUAUAACUGUCGUAUGCAUUUAAAAACACCAAAAAUAGCGCUCUAUACAUCAAUAUUGAAGAUUAUUUGGAUUUUUUUUUAUUUAGUUUCUUAUAUUUUUUUUUUUCAUCUUAACGUGACUGUACCACAGACUAACGAAUAUUCUCGGAACUAAUCUAGUUUACUACACCAAUAGUAUCUGUUAACAUUAUUUGUAUUUUUUUUAAUAUUUACAUUCUUUGUAUGUUGCCAUACUAAAUCCAGAUAUCCCUUAACAUUGGAAUUUUAUUAGUCUGGCCACACUUAAGACUAUAUGACCUGGACCUACUGUUAUUUUAGUAAUUUUGCUAAGAUUUAUAUUUCUUCUUGUAUUGAAUUUUAAUUGUAUAUUCGUAUAAAAACCAUACAAUUAUGCUCAAUUUUAAUAUAUAAAUAAUUUUACUUAAUCAAAUGCUGAAACUAUCAGCAAUAGAAAGUGUGUUAUUUAAAUGAUGAAUUACUAUAUGUUAUCUAUGUUUGUAUUUUUAAUUUGAAUGAGUUUUUUUUUUAAUUUUAUUAGAGCGUUUAGGCUGUUAUUAGACAUUCCCCUCUAUCCAAAAAUUGAAGAUUGAAAAUUAUUUCCAUUUACAAAUACGGAAUGGUAUCUACAUAAUUUUACGCUGGUGCUACUAAGAAUGAAGUUAAAUCACUUGGCCCAUUGUGAUGAAUUCAUCAGAAAUUAAAAAUAAUGGCUUCCAAUGUAGACCCCGUGGAGGUCGACCUGACCUGACAGGGGGUGUAUCUAGCAAUAGGGCUAACCCCAUCAGGCUAAACCCCCAUUACUGGCAAUCCCUUUCUUCCCAUUAUCAAGAGGUUAAAAUUGUCUUUUUACACAAAUCACACACAGCCAAAUUUAAUAGGCAUCUCACGUUGAGAUCGUAAUAUUAAACUUAGCAGUACACUUUCAUUGGCGGAUUAUAUAAUAAUUAAAAAAUUAAUAUCAAAAAUAUGUAUUCAAUCUGCUGACGUAAAAAUCCCCAGCCAUAUUAAUAAAGUAAAAACGUUUAAAAAUAUAUCUGGCAUAAAAAUUAGCAACAUUUCACUUGUAAUUGUUUUAGACGCUAUUAUUUGAAAUUUACUAUUAUUUUACAUGCUUUACCAUGUCUUCCUUUGUGUUGGCGGGACCUUUCGAUUCUUCUAGUCGUGAUUGCUGCUAGUGAAUUGCUAUUUGCUGAUUUGUUGAAUUAUCUUGAAACCUAAACGUCGGAGACUAAGAAUCCCAUUGCUAACAAUAUACCCAACCAGGUCGACUUCCUCGCGGUUCCCCCUGGAAACUAUCAUGGUUAAUUCCUGAUGAAUUCAUCAUGAUGGGCUAACUGGCCUGUUUUCAUUCUCAUCUAUCACCCUUCACUGGUGCUCCGCCAGCGUAUCCCGUUAGCGCAGGCGGGGUUACCAUAUCAUUUUCACCCAUCAAAAAAAAACCUAAAAGUCAAUGCCUCUACUAUCAAGACUGAAUGUGGAUUUAAUUUGUUUUUAUCAAAAUUGGUAGGAAUUUUUAAAAGGUUACAACCUUUUUUUAAUUAUAUAUUACUAUUGUUUUUAUGAUAAUCGCUCAUUACACAAUUUAAAUCCAAUAACAGCACACGAAUACACGAGUUCGUUGAACGUCUCGUCGUAAUUUUAGUAAGCCGAAAGCCGAUUAACAAAGAGCCGAUUAAAAAGCAAUUGAUUAUUCGUACAUAACUUAUUUAGUUGAUUUUAAUAUAUAUUUUUUUAUUAAUAAUUUCGAAUCUAAUCAUAAAUUUUGGAAUUUAAUUAUUCGUCGAGUCAAUGUUCUAAAUUUAAUUUUAAAAUUGUUUUUUUUUUUAAUUUGAUUUAAUGUACAUAUAUUAUAUUUAUAUGAGAUACUAUUAUUAGCUAGCUAAAUUGAUAAAUGCCACGAUAUCAUAAAUAUUUAAUUAAAAUAAUAAAUAAUUUAAAGCGACUUAAACUAUUUAUAAUUGAUAUAACAUACUAGGUAUGUACACGUAGAUAGAAUAGUUUGGAAUAAAGAAGGAAGAAUUAAUUUGAAUUGGUUUUGUUAUUUUAAAAUAAAAUAUAUGUAUACAUAUAUAUGAUUUAAUUUGCAAUGCUUGGCGUUAGCUAAUACCAUUUUUGCCUCUUAUUCAUAAUAUUUAAAACUUCUUACAAACCUGUUUUAAAUAUUGCAAGGUUUCGUCACUUUCAUAUAGAGAAAUUAGCGUAAACAAAAAAAUAUGUACCUCUAUAAUAUAUGUGUGUGUGUGCGUUCGUUGGUGCGUGCAUGCGUGCGCGUGAGCGUGUGCAUGCGUGUGCGUGUGUGGAUGUGUUUGUGUGUGUACAUAUAUAACUAAAAUAGGUUUGUCAGACGUUAGACUUUUUUUUAUGAAAAAGGGCGGUUGAUUUACAACUGAUGUGAAGUGCACCCACUAGUGUAAAGACUUUCUACGUCACCAUCUAUUUUUCUAACAUAAUUCGGGUUAGAAAAAAAAAGUAAUUACUCUUUACAAUGGCUUUACGUGGUACUUAAUUUUAGAUACGCAAUUAUUAAGAAAAUCGUUUACUUUGUGAUUCAAAAUGUAAUUUUGAUUUACCUAUUGCACGUAAUUUUUGGAAUAUUUUAAUACUUUUGUUAUUUAUAGGCGCCAUGAAAAAGUGUAACUUCACGAAUUAAUGCAACUCUCUGUGAGUAUAUUUUAAUAUGUAAGAAUGUUCCACAUUGUUGUAUUAUUACAAUAAAAUAUUUAUUUUUGUAAAUGUGUUGUGUAAUUUUUUGUAACUCCUUUUCGUUUCAGCCGUUAAUUUUCCACUUCUGAAUACCCAUAAGGAAAGUUUUGCGACUAGUUUCCACACUUUGCAGGCAGGUCGAUAACGGCAGUUAGGUAUUUGGAGAUGUUUUAAGAGGGACGCAGUUGCUCACCCCUUGAUCAUAAGAUUGAUCCCGUAGAAAUUUUAUCAAAAUCGGUUCAGUUGUUAAGUUUUUAGAUCAAUAUAACUUGUUUUGCCACAAUUCAAGUUUUUUUUUUUUUGUGAGACAAUCUUUAAUUAUUGACAUUUUAGUUAUAUUAUAAACAAGACAAAGAUCAAAGUUGUUACAAGUGAUUGUAUGAUUGUAAUGGAUAAAGUGAGAGAGACCAGAGGGAGACUUUGUACAAAAGUCGAUUGCUUAGGUACCUCUGUCCUAUUCGUGUUUCAACCGUAAAGCGGUUGUGUUUGCAUGGCUGUGUUUCGGUUUGAAGGGUGAGAUAUGGCGUGAAUUUACUGGGUACGGAGGAAUAACACCUGAGUCCUCAGGAAUGGCAACGCAUGGGGGGUAUCAUGGGCGAAACAGUAUACUCUGUUAUGUCCAUGGUACUGCUCAUGUCUAUAGGCGACGGUUACCUCUUUCUAUCUGGUGGGCCGUCAGAUUGUUUGCCAUUCUAAGUUGUAUAAAAA